UGAGUCUGCACCAGGUCGCGAUCAGUUUUAUUCUGUUUAUUGCACAAAACAUUCAACGUAAGAGUUGACUUUCUGAUGGCUAUCUCGUGCACCUGCGGGCCUCAAUCCUUGAGGAAUACGGAGUUCCUCAGGCCACUUUCCUCAAGCUUUUUAAAGUCAUCAGGAUCACACAGCAGAUUUGUAUCUUUGCCCAACAGAAGAUGCAGGCAUCCAGUGGGCGUGCAGUCUUCCCUCCAUGGAUUUGAGGGCCCACUGCUGCAUGCUGCUGAGGCUAUGAGCGGGGCAGCUGCUGG